GCAUCUGUGGAAACCGAGAAGUCAGCCGAGAAAGCAGCAAAGACUAAAACACCUACAGAUGGAAUUGAGCGAUUGAAAGAACCAGAAAAAACAUCGCAAGGACCCAAAAAUAUCAAUGAAACAGUCCAGCAAUCAGCUAAAGUAGAAAAAACUACAGAUUCUCAGUCAGUUGCGGCUGGAGGAGUGCAAGAAACGUUGUCUGCACGGUUACCGAUGGAUCCAGGAAAGCCAGCGCCGCUUCCUCCGCGGGACGGGGAACGGGUGAUUUCUGAACGGAUUCUUCGGCUAGCAGAUCAGAUUGCCAGUUUGUCAAUUUUCGAAGUUGCCGACUUGAAUGCGACAUUAAAGAAGAAGUUAAAUUUGCCGGAUACGCCGAUGUUUGCCUCGGCAGGUUUUACACAGUCUGCUGCUCCCUCUGCUGCAGAAGCGGAACCACAAAAGGAGGAGCAGACGCAGGCAUCACAGAAAACGUUUUUCUCGGUGAAGCUUACGAAAUACGAUGAUUCGAAGAAGAUCCCGCUGAUCAAGGAAGUUCGAACAAUAGUGGAAGGCUUCAAUUUGGUACAAGCAAAGAAGUUUGUUGAGUCGCUUCCGGCUACGGUGAAAGAGGAUUUAAGUAAAAUUGAGGCGGAAGAGCUGAAAGAAAAACUCGAAAAACUCGGUGCUGUGUGUGAGAUUGUUUGA